UUGAAGUGGUUGGGAGAUCUGUGCUGGACGGUGCAGUUGUUGUGUGCUUAAGUGUGAAUGUAGUUAAAGCUAAAACAAUGCGGGUGUUGGUGUUGCUUCUUGGUGUGUGGCUCGUCAAUGGAGAGUAUCUUGAACACGAUCAAGUUGCAUCUGUGCCAGAAGGUUGGCACCAUGCGGGCCAGGUGGCUCCACAGGAGGAACUGGAGCUCACCUUUGCACUCAAGCAACAGAAUGUGGACAGACUGAAGCAGCUGCUACAGCUUGUAUCCGAUCCAGAUUCACAUCAGUACGGGAAGUAUCUAACUCUGGAGGAAGUGGCCUCCCUGGUGCGCCCAUCUCAGCUGACGGAAAAAGCGGUGUGGACGUGGUUGCGGAAUCAUGGGGUCAAAAACUGCCGCACUGUGCUGACACAAGACUUUUUGCAAUGCUCUAUGACUGCUGAGGUGGCGGAGGCUUUGCUCCCUGGUGCUGAAUUUCACCACUACAAGAGAGAUAACCAGACUGUAAUAAGAUCGUCAGCCCAGUACUCUGUUCACAGUGAUGUUUCUCAGCAUCUGGAUUUUGUGGGAGGCGUGCUACGUUUUCCACAGAGACGAAAAGAAGUCGGCAAGGCCUGGACUGGUCCCAGUCGAUCUGGAAACUCUGUUCAUUUAGGUGUAACCCCUGCAACCCUGAGAGCUCGCUACAACCUGACAGCAGCCGAUGUUGGCAGUGCUGCUAACAACAGUCAAGCAGUGGCACAGUUCCUGGAGCAGUUCUACCACCCCGCAGACCUGGCCGAGUUCAUGAGUUUAUUUGGAGGAGGAUUUAAGCACUACACAAAAGUGGAUCGAGUGGUGGGCAAACAAGGGGGAGGGAAAGCAGGCCUGGAAGCCAGUUUAGAUGUGGAAUAUAUUAUGAGCAGUGGAGCCAACAUCCCUACCUGGGUCUUCACCAACCCUGGUCGCCAUGAGACACAGGAGCCAUUCCUUCAGUGGAUGCUGCUUCUCAGUAACAUGUCUGCAAUCCCCUGGGUGCACACGAUCAGCUACGGUGAUGAUGAGGACAGUCUGUCCACUGCCUACAUGAACCGUAUCAAUAACGAGUUUAUAAAAGCCGGACUCCGAGGAAUCUCCAUGCUCUUUGCAUCUGGGGACAGCGGUGCUGGCUGUAGGCACCUGAGCAAAGAAAAUGUGUUCAGACCUAGCUUUCCUGCCUCCAGUCCAUAUGUGACCACAGUGGGUGGGACUUCCUUCAAAAAUCCUUUUAAAAUCACCUAUGAGGUCACAGAUUACAUCAGUGGCGGUGGCUUCAGUAAUGUAUUUGAAAUGCCAGACUAUCAGGUUAGUGCAGUGAGUAAUUAUUUAAAGGAUGAAAAGUUGCUUCCUCCAGUGUCCUAUUAUAACACCAGUGGACGAGCAUACCCAGACAUGGCUGCGCUGUCGGACAAUUACUGGGUUGUCACCAACCUCGUGCCCAUCCCAUGGGUAUCCGGAACCUCGGCUUCAACUCCAGUGGUUGGAGGAAUUCUUUCACUCAUCAAUGAUCAGCGCUUCCUGAAAGGCCUUCCUUCACUUGGCUUUCUUAACCCCCGACUGUACAAGCUUAAAGGAACUGGGCUUUUUGAUGUGACUGAGGGAUGCCACCUGAGUUGUCUGGAUGAUCAGGUGGAAGGAAGAGGUUUCUGUGCUGCUGCAUCCUGGGAUCCAGUGACUGGAUGGGGAACACCAAACUACCCCGCUCUACUCGCCGCUCUGGUAGAGAACUAAUGCCACUGACACCACCAGUUUUAUAAAACUUUUAAUGUGCAAUUGCCUUUAGUCGCAACACUUCAAAGAUCAAUACACACAGACUUUGUUUUAAUAUAGUUACUUUCAGGUUUAUCAGGGGGUUUUCCUCUAAGUUUUGAUGGGUGAAAUAGAACCCUACUGUUUCGCAUAUCUCUUGCUGUAUUUUUAAGGCUAUAAGAAGCCUAAUUUAAUUUAAGAACAUGUGGUGAGUGGCUUAGUUUAUCAUAGAUUGCACCGUUUAACAAAAGCAUCAAAAUCAACUGUUUAAUGCAGAUGCUUAUUUCUAACAUGCUUUGAAUGUACGUUUGCUUGUUUUAAUGUGUGCCCAUAAAUCUUCUCAGGCUAUUUAAAUAACAUAAUGAUAUUUUCAGUAACAUUACACUAAACCAGUUACAGUAUGUACUGUUAACUUAGGCAGUCUUUUUCUGCCAAGGUAAAAAUGACUAUGCAGUUAUUUAACAUGCUAUAAAAUCUAUUUCCCUAAAAAGACUGAAAGCUUGUGCAAGAAUUCCGUUUUUUCAGACUGUAGCGAUUUUACUGAUUAAAACGAACCGUUUCAUAGAUGCGUUGAAACCGAGAGCUGGUUUCUUGGUAUGGUUGGUGAACUAAACUUGCUUUUAGUUUCUUAAAGGACAUGUUUGUCUUGUUUUAGCCAUUGAACAUUAUUUUCAAAGAAACUUUGUUUGCUGCCUUAAAGACAAUAAAAGUUUGAUAUUUUUAAGAA